CGGCCGAGCGGGACAGCUGGCGCCGCCCAUAGUGCUCCCGCCCGGGCCCUGCGAGGCGUCGCCGGCUCCCGCACCAUGGUGAGGCUGGUCGCUCAGAGUUUGCUAGGGUUGGCGCUGGCGCUCCUGGGCGAGAGGUUCCUGGCACUCAGAAGUCGACUUAAAGCCUCCAGAGAAGUAGAAUCCAUAGACCUUCCAAACUGCAACCUGAUUAAAGGAAUCGAAGCUGGUGCUGAAGAUAUUGACAUACUUCCCAAUGGUCUUGCUUUCUUUAGUGUGGGUCUAAAAUGUCCAGGGCUCCACAGCUUUGCACCAGAUAAGCCUGGAGGAAUACUGAUGAUGGAUCUAAAAGAAGAAAAUCCAAGAGCACUGGAAUUAAGAAUCAGCCGUGGAUUUAAUUUAGCUUCAUUUAAUCCUCAUGGUAUCAGCACUUUCAUAGACAGCGAUGAGACAGUUUAUCUCUUUGUUGUUAAUCACCCAGAAUUUAAGAAUACAGUGGAAAUUUUUCAAUUUGAUGAAGAACAAAAUUCUCUUGUUCAUCUGAAAACAAUCAAACAUGAGCUUCUUUCCAGUGUGAAUGAUAUCAUAGCUGUUGGACCAUUACAUUUCUAUGCCACCAAUGACCACUACUUCUCUGAUCCUUUCUUAAAGUAUUUGGAAACAUACUUGAAUUUACAUUGGACAAACGUUGUCUACUACAGUCCAAAUGAAGUUAAAGUGGUAGCAGAAGGAUUUGAUUCAGCAAAUGGGAUCAAUAUUUCACCUGAUAAAAAGUACAUCUAUGUUGCUGAUAUACUCGCUCAUGAAAUUCAUGUUUUGGAAAAACACCCUAAUAUGAAUUUAACUCAACUGAAGGUUCUCAAGUUGGAUACACUGGUGGAUAAUUUAUCUAUUGAUCCUUCUUCGGGGGACAUCUUGGUAGGCUGUCAUCCUAAUGGCCAGAAGCUCUUCAUUUAUGACCCGAACAAUCCUCCUUCAUCAGAGGUUCUUCGGAUCAAGAAUAUUCUAUCUGAGAAGCCUACAGUGACUACAGUUUUUGUCAACAAUGGAUCUGUUCUCCAAGGAAGUUCUGUGGCCUCAGUAUUUGACAGGAAACUGCUCAUAGGAACUUUAUAUCACAGAGCCCUUUACUGUGAACUCUAAAAUUAUAAUUUGGUUAAGCAAGUAUGCUAAUUCAUCUUAGCAAUUAUUUUUCUAUAAAUUACUAAUUCUGAUAAAAUUAAAAUAACAUUAAAAAUGCUAUAUAAAGGAGAGAGAAGAGAGCUUGUUUGGGUAAAGUUAGUACACUCCACAACAUAAACCUCACCUCUGUCGGAACUGUCCAACUGCCAGAACCUCAAUUCCACUGACACAGGCUGGCUGUAUUGCUUUAAUUUAAAAUGUGAGUGCCCUCAGUUCCAUUGAUGUCACUUGCUGUGACUACUUAGAACUACUGAUCUGUAAUGUGUUUUGGUGUUUUGUACUGAGAUCUUUAUUAAUAUUACAAGAUUGGAGUUAUAUUAAAGAUUAAA